AAAUGUUGAAACUAGUAAGAUGCAAAAUCUUUCUCAAAUUUUGUCCUUGCACUACAAAAGUUGGUUAUAAAAUGAAAGCAUUUUUAAUUUCCCCUGACGCAUUAGACCAUGAUAGCCACAAUGUCGAUGAUGAACAUGAUUUUAGCGAGUCUGCUUCUCGUGUUCUUCAUUUGCGUUAUUGCAGAAGCACAUGCGAGGAAAACACUAUACACAGAUGACGGUAUUUGCAAAAGAAUGGCAGAGACACAGGGUUAUACUUGUGAAGAACACAAGGUUACGACCGUAGAUGGCUACAUUCUUAGCCUACAGAGGAUGCCGGCGGGGCGAUCCGGCAAGGCAGCAGACAAGCCACCAGUUUUUUUGCAACAUGGUCUCUUUAUCGAUGCUAUAACAUGGUUGUUCAACACUCCGGAAGAAUCAUUGGCAUAUAUCUUAGCAGACAAAGGCUUUGAUGUGUGGCUUGCCAACACUCGUGGGACAAAAUAUAGCAGCGCCCAUACAUCACUUAAUCCUAAUGACAUGGUUCUUUUAUUUUUUAUUUUCUCAAAAAUACUAUUGGUACAUUUAAAUUAG